UACCCCUUCCAAAGUGAGAGGAUGGACCUUGGUUCGUUCAAAUCAUUGUCAUCACAAUCUAUCAAUGAAAUUCAUUGCGCCUAGCCACUGAAAGCUCUCCCAACGGUAUAAUAAAUUCAUUAAAAGAACAUUGUGCUGUGCAGUGUUAACGAGACCUUAAAAAAAUCCAUGAAAAUCCACGGAUGCAACCUCCAAAGAUGAACGAGUGAUAACGAAUGAUACGGACAGCCACCGAAUGAUAAAGACCGAUAACUCAAAUAAAAUCGGAGUAAAAUGUCAAAGGAGAGUCCCAUCCACCAGGAUAAUCCGACUCAGGAUUUACCCCUAGACUCCUCAUCAAAUCCACCAAUUAAUUGUCUUCCAAAUUUUCCAAGACUCGACAUCACCACCUUCCCUACCCUAGACUCAUCAAAUGACUCACGAUCAUCUUCCUCGAGAAUUCCCGCAUACGCCAGCAGAUCAGUGAGAUUCCACCCCCCACCGAUAGAUCUAUCAAAUCAACUGGACAUGACUGACAGGGAGUACAUCGUGGUGGAUCCAUCAAACCAGGCCAAUGCCCUCAGAAGAAACUACAGCGAUUCCUUUGAGGUAUCUGAUACCCAGGCAGCCGCGAUAUCCUCCGAGGAGGAGUUGACCUGCAAUUCCACCUCAAAUAUCGACCAGGAAUUAUCAAUCGAUGUGACUGAUGGAGCAUCAACACCGAAUCACACGUCUGCCAGUGCCUCAACACUGAGUUCAGACGACGAUAAAAGAUACUGUUGGGUUUGCUUCGCCACUGAUGAGGACGAUGCAACAGCCUCGUGGGUAAAGCCCUGCCACUGUCGAGGUACAACAAAAUGGGUGCACCAGGGGUGCAUCCAGCGAUGGGUCGACGAGAAACAGAAGGGAAGAGCUCGGGCGUACGUCGCCUGUCCCCAAUGCAACACAGAGUACAUAAUUGUUUAUCCCAAUAUGGGACCCCUGGUUGUCAUUCUGGAUACGAUAGAUGGAGUUAUAUUUCGUGUAUGCCCAUUCAUAGCAGCUAGCAUCGUCGUAGGCUCAAUUUACUGGACAGCCGUGACGUAUGGAGCUGUCACAGUGAUGCAAGUUGUUGGACACAAGGAUGGAUUAACCAUGAUGGAACAAGCCGAUCCCCUAGUGCUAUUGGUUGGUUUACCAACAAUUCCAAUUAUGCUUGUACUUGGAAAAAUGCUCAGGUGGGAGGAUCAGGCACUCAGUUUACUGAGAAGACAUGCCUGCAAAGUACCUGUUCUCAGGCAUUUUUUACCUAGCACUUAUGCCAGUGACGACAGAAUGCAAUCGAACGAUGUACCACCGAUGUCAGACCCUGUGUCUGCAACUAGAGUUCUAUGUGGAGCUCUGUUGCUACCAACAAUUGCCAGCAUUUGUGGGAGAAUAUUUUUUGAGAGUAUCAAUUCGAAUUUUCAACGCACUUUACUUGGGGGAAUUGCCUUCAUCACGAUCAAGGGGGCGUUUAAAAUUUAUCACAAACAGCAACAGUAUGUGAGACAGUGCCAGAGACGAAUUAUGGAUUACACUGAGAGCAAUGUCGCAAUGUACAGAAGACAACAGAAUUCAGAGAACAGUCAGACUAGCUAAAUUAUGAGAGCGCGGAUAUAAUUUUUUUAAAUCAUUUUGAAAUUGAGUGUUGGGGGGUCUAGAUCAGUUGUAACGACUCGGAUUAUUUAUUAUUAACGAUUGGACAGUUGAUGUAGAGGGCAAUUAUCGGUACGGGAAUUUUUAUUCUUUGUUCUAGAGACAAUUUAUCUGUUUAUCAUAUUAUAAUCGUUUCGUACAACUCGGAUGACGACGGAAUGGAUAAAGGGGGACUCGAUUUGCGAUUUUAUUAUCGUUAUUAUAGGCCUCCGCAUUGUAAGGACAUUGAGUAGUCUAUUCAUAUCCCGCGGGAGGUAAAUAGAAAUUGCUCCUUCCAUUUCCAAGGAAUGGAGAAUUUGUUAAUGCGCGGGAUUUUAUUGCUAACUGAAUUCGUGAUGAUGAAUUUUAUUUUAUGAUAAAAAUGUAGAUAAUGGAAAUAAAUUUCAGCUUGGU